CAAAAACAAACAAAUAUGCAACAAACAAUAGCUAACAUUGAAAUAUGGAAUUAAUUUUACAGGCCUUUCACAUUGAGGUCUUUUUUUUUGUCUACAAGUCAUAGGAUCACAACCACUGGUUUACUGGGUCUUAUUUAAUAUAUAAAAUGAGAGAGAAGAGAUAUUUCUGUCUUUUAUCUCUAUAUAUUACAAUGAAAAAAUACACAGUUUGCACUGUAAGCAUUGUUUGUAGCCAGGUAACAUCAAAUAACAUCAGGUAACACUGAACACAAUCCACCAUGUGAGUUUUUAAAAUAAAGGGGGUUCGAUUCCCACCGUGGCCCUGUGUGUGUGGAGUUUGCAUGUUCUCCCCGUGCUGCGGGGGUUUCCUCCAGGUACUCCGGUUUCCUCCCCCAGUCCAAAGACAUGCACGGUAGGCUGAUUGGCGUGUCUAAAGUGUCCGUAGUGUAUGAAUGGGUGUGUGAGUGUGUAUGUGAUUGUGCCCUGCGAUGUAUUGGCACCCUGUCCAGGGUGUACCCCGCCUUGUGCCCCAUGCUCCCUGGGAUAGACUCCAGGUUUCCCCAUGACCCUGAAAAAGGAUAAGCAGUAUAGAAGAUGGAUGGAUGGUUAGCACUGAUUUGAAUUCAACAAACCGUCAGGAAUGAACCUUUUUAAUGUAUGAUUUUUUUUUUUUUUUUAGAUUACAGUAUUGCUCAAUUUGAAUUGCUCAAUUUAAGCUAAAAUGUAAACUUUUUUUUUCGAAGAAGUAACUGUGUCGUUUCAUAAAAAUGAAUGUUUUACAUUGUAAAGGGACUUCAGUUCCCAGCAUGCUCCACGGCAGCGUACACGUGAUGUCACUCUAAGUAUAAAUGGAUCUCGUGCAGCGUUUCAUCCCCUAUUGUUAGGUUGUAAGGAACUGGAGGAGCGCGGAUGAUCCCCGGUGCUCUGGCAAAGAAGAAAUCAUUAUUGUUCUAAAACAACACCUUCCGCGCUGGCUAACGAUAUUAACAUUUGAUUUUACUUGAGGACAUCGGUGUUUAAGACCACCAUUAAAAAAAAAAAAAAGGAAAAAAAGAAAAGAAAAUGGACUCGAACUGGCCUGCUCUCGGUUUGGUCUAUUUGAAUACAGCUAGCUCUUUGCUAAAGCCAGCUUCUUCAUCGUUUGUUGGCUGCAUGUUCUCGUGAAAGUGUUACCUUUUUAGUUUAGCUGACCAAGAUUAUUGUCCUUCGUUCUAUUUCCGUUUUUAAAGAACUCCACCGAUUGUCAGCACCAUUUAAGUCAUCGCCUCAUAUACCCGUAUCACAAAAUAAGUGAAAUACCACCUCAACAGCGCACAGUCAUGCAUUUUAAUCGCUUUGUUAUAGCCUAAUAUGUCUAAAUGUUGCUGCUUAGAGAACCGGCGUCUCUUUUCUGACGAGACCGCUUUCUCUGGGCUGAAGUCGCCUUUGUCUCUCAUCUGCUAACCUUGUGGACCACCGGUGAAUUUUGCUAACAAUAUUCCAGAAGGAGGAAAUAACGACGACCCGAGCAGCUCACUGUCUGAAAGGCUUUCUGUUUGUAUCCAAGAACAUCAAGUUUCCAUGGAGACGGUAUCAGCUCUUGGCCUAAAGCGCAGAUUUGAGGAAGUGGACAGUGGCUCACCAUGCUCAACACUCAAAGAAUCAGAUGAUGACGUCUCGAGCAGUGACAGCGUGGAUAGCUGUGACAGUCUCAAUGCCCCCUGCAGCUCCCUCACACCCACCUCCAUUCUUAGGAGGGAAAAAACCUCUCUGGGCCAUAAGCGGGUGCGUUUUGACGCAGUGACAGUUUACUAUUUCUCCAGAAGGCAAGGCUUCACCAGUGUCCCUAGCCAAGGUGGCAGCUCACUGGGAAUGGCAAGACAUCACUGUGCUAUACGUCAGUACACACUGGGGGAGUUUGCCCGAGAGCAGGAAAGCAGCCACCGCCACAUUCUACGCCAGCACCUGCGUCAAGAGAAGCUGAAUGCUCGCAAGAUGAAGUUGACGCGGAACGGCACAGUGCAUUGUGCCCAAGCUGACCUGCUGACACUGGAUGAUGUGUCUGAUGAGGAUCUGGACGUGGAGGGUGUCGAGGUGGAUGAUUGUUUCUUCCUACAGCCACUGCCUACCAAGCGGCGACGGGCAUUGUUGCGUGCCUCGGGUAUCGCCCGCAUUGAUGCCCGAGAGAAGAUGGAGCUGCGUGCCAUCCGGCUGUCACGUGAGGAAUGUGGCUGUAACUGUCGCUUCUACUGUGACCCCCACCAGUGUGGCUGCAGCAGAGCCGGCAUCAAGUGCCAGGUGGACCGCAUGUCCUUCCCAUGUGGCUGUUCUCGAGAUGGCUGCCAUAAUGUAGCAGGACGGAUUGAGUUCAACCCCGUCCGUGUUCGCACUCACUUCCUACACACAAUUAUGAAGCUAGAUCGGGAGAAGAGACACGUGCUAGGCUCCAAAUCUGGAGAAGAUUGUGGGACGGAAACUGAGCUGAACCCCGGUCCUUCAAGUGCCCGCUCUUCCCUGGACUCCGGAGUAGAGAUGAAGAUGGGGCCCUUGAAUGAGCAGGAGCUACUAGAGGAGCACUGCCACAGCCUGGAGCAUGAGAACGAGACAGCUGUGCUCCACCUGCAGAGUGCCGAGGAGCAGGAAAGGAGAAGGGAGCAGGAGGAGGAGGCACACAGAGGGGAGGUGCAGAGUCCCCGUCCGGAACUGUGUCUUUUGCAUGAGGAGCUGAGCAGCCAGAAGGAGGUUGAGAGUAUGGUUGAGGUAGACCAAAUGUUCUUUCAUGACACUUUUCCAGGAGGAGCAACCCUGCUAUGCAUCAAGGAGAACCAGGAGGAUGCUCACAGUCUGAAUGAGACAGCUUCUGUCCUCUAUUAUCAGAUAGACCAUGUGGAGACAGCCACAUUUAAGACACAUGACAAGCAAGAAGAGGAGCCCAGAAAAGGUGAAGAGCCCCAAGGUGAACAAGUAGAAGGAGAGGCAAGGAGCAAAUGUCACAAAUCCCAAACCUGCAGGCAGGAUCAGGCUGAGAGCUCUACUUCUGAGAAACCUCCUCCUUCAUUUCCAGAGAGCAUUAAAAAGGCUGAAGAGGACCACUCCAGCUCUGAACAUGGCCCAAGUGGCACAGAUUUUCAAGAGACUUGCCCACUGUUGGAAGAAGAGGCAAUAAAGCUUCCUCCAGAAGUUUAGAGUCUGGCAAUGCUGCAGAUAUUUUGCACAAGAUUUGUAGUGAAGUUCAAGACAGCCAACUCAUAGACUAAGAGAUCUUAACAGUUACUGACAUUGGUUUGUAUUUAGAAAUAAGCAUGCACUAUAUUUGAUGUAGGAUUUUAAAAAAAAUUUAUUGAAAAAAAAAAAUAGAAUAACAAAUUAUUCAUAUAUAAUAUAACAUUAAAAAUAAAAACAUAAAGCAGAGAGGGAAGACUUGAUGGAACUUAAGGGAUUGCAUAUUUUUUUCUGCUGCAGUAUCAAUUCAGUGUUUGGUACUGGUGGAAAUUGUGGCCUUUAUGCCUUGGAGCAAACAGGAUGGCCCAGGUAAGUCCUUGCAGCUUUGCUGAUGCCUUGAAUUUUCGGUGGAUUAACCCACUGAUCCAUUCAGACUAUUAACCAUAAAUCAGUAGCUUGAAAUGCUCCAUGGGUGUUGAUGGGAUUUCAGUAGUGAAGCUGAACAAGGGCCCCUGAUAGCCACCAUCUUUAUAAAUAGACAUUACUCUGGAAAUACUUGGUUUUUAAGUACUGUAAAAGUGUUUGCUAAGAGCAAGUGACAGGGAAAAGAGAAAA